CCUUUUAGCAUUGACUCAACCUUGCUGCUAAUAACAAACCUCCCGGACAUGAUCAGGGGUCACUACACAGAGAGCGACAUCGUGAAUCUGCUCAGCCCCUACGGGUUUAGAUAUGAGCACGACAACAUCUACGUCAUGCCUCAGAAGUUCAUGGCUUUCGCCCUCAUGCCAAAUGAGCUUUCGAUGUUGAACAUCAUCAGAGCGUCUGCUAACAAGCGCCUCGUCCUCGGGACACAUGAACUCAUUUUGCACAUCGUGAAGAAAAACAUUUUAAUGACUCCGCUCGGCUUUUAUAACUCUUUGAUGGAACUAACACCUCUCAGCGGCGUCGAAGACGGAACGAGUCUGAUCUACAUCCGGGACAUCUCUCCGAACGAGAUGGACGUCCUUAAAGAAGUUUUGCAGAAAAUUGGUUGCGUCACGAACUUCCUGCCUCUCCUCAACAAGGUUUUUAUUGAAUUUUUGACGGAUUAUGAUGCCGAUCGGCUCGGAGUUUGUUACAGCUUCAUGAAGAAAGGCUUCUUCCACAUACUUGAAAGGAUAAAGCUACCGAGAAGUUCCAAAAGAGCAAAACCACCAAAGCUGGCGAUGAGCGCUCUGCCCGACAGGAAGGACAUCAUUCCUGGCUCACAAAUACCGAACGCAAAAUAUGGCAUUCCUCAGGGCACCGUUUCUCCGUUCUGGAUCACCAUGACCACAAAUCCCUACAUUUUCUCAACUGCAGCUCCCUGGUUUAACAUCCCAGAUUUCUUGACAAUCCAACAAAAACAGGACAUAACAACGACUCUCCACCCCGGCUCGGUGUACUCCACGGUCAUGCUGACGGGUUUACCCGAAGGAAGGUACAAACACGAGGACGUGGCCAGGCUGCUGUGGCCUUACUUCCCCCAGCGGAACCUUCAGACUUUGUACUACAACAUUCUGGUUCUUCCACUGCAGAGGAGGGCCUUCGUUUAUUUCAGCGACCGGGAGACUUGCUGCAGUUUUGUUCGCGAUCAUGUCAAAAAGCCGUUUUCUGUUGGGAACUGCGCUCUCAAAGUCCACUUCGUCCUACAGGACAUGCGCUACAAACCCAGUGAGGAGAUCAUGUACAGAACUUUUAUGAAAUGGAGCAACGCUCACGUUCCAAAGUUGGAGUUUCUGGAGAAGCGGCUGCUUUGUUUGGAACUCUCUGAAACGAGCGCAGACCUCGUCAGUAACGUCAUGAAGGAAGUGGCUUCCAUUGGUUGUUUCAUCAACUUCCUGCCGCUCGCCAACAGGAUUUGCAUCGAGAUGGUGGAAUCCCGCUGUGUACAGAACGUUCUGGAGCUGGUUUCCUUGAAGCAGGAUUUAUCUACGCACAAAACCUGGAGCAAAGUUCGACAUGUUGAGUCCUUGAAUCUCCUAAAACAGCGGCUGAAAGACACCAGUAAGAUCAUGAUAGACUUGGGAAACACAUCGGAUGUCUGCACCAAACCACCAGUGGUGAUAGAUGAACCACACGAGAGUCCUCAAUGUUCUUAUGAUGAAUGGAAAUCUAAAAUAAAGUUCAAGAUAAAGCCUCUAGAUGUUUCAAGAUCUGCAUUAAAGACCAUAGCAAACCCUCUGGAUGAUUCAAGAACUGAAAUAAAUACCACAACAAACCCUCCUGAUGUUUCUAGAUCUGAAAUAAAGACCACAACAAUCCCUCUGGAUAUUUCAAGAUCUGAAAUAAAUACCACAACAAACCCUCCUGAUGUUUCUAGAUCUGAAAUAAAGACCACGACAAAACCUCCAGAUGUUUCAGAAACUGAAAUAAAGACCACAACAAACUUCCAAAAUGUUUCAAGAUCUGAAAUAAAGACCAUGACAAACUUACCAAAUGUUUCAAGAUCUGAAAUAAAGACCACGACAAACCCUCCAAAUGUUUCAAGAUCUGAAGUAAAGACCACAACAAAACCUGUUGUUUCUAGAUCUGAAAUAAAGACCACAACAAAACCUCCAGAUGUUUCAAAAACUGAAGUAAAGACCACUACAAACUUUCCAAAUAUUUCAAGAACUGAAAUAAAGAUGACAAAACCUCCGGAUGUUUUAAGAUCUGAAAUGAAGACCACAACAAAACCUCCUGAUGUUUCAAGAACUGAAAUAAUGACCACGACAAACCCUCCAAAUGUUUCAAGGUCUGAAAUAAAGACCAUGACAAACUUUCCAAAUAUUUCAAGAUCUGAAAUAAAGACCACGACAAAACCUCCAAAUGUUUCAGGAACUGAAAUAAAGACCAUGACAAACCCUCCUCAUAUUUCAAGAUCUGAAAUAAAGACCACAACAAACCCUCCAAAUGAUUCAAGAUCUGAAAUAAAGACCACAACAAAACCUCCAGAUGUUUCAGGAACUGAAAUAAAGACCGCGACAAACCCUCCUCAUGUUUCAAGAUAUGAAAUAAAGACCACGACAAACCCUCCAAAUGUUUCAAGAACUGAAAUAAAGACCACGACAAACCCUCCUGUUUCUAGAUCUGAAAUAAAGACCACAACAAACCCUCCUGAUGUUUCAAGAACUGAAAUAAAGACCACAACAAACCCUCCAGUUGUUUCUACAUUUGAAACAAAGCUUGAGAAAAGAUCUGCAGAACCUAUAAAUACGGUCUUGACCUGUACAGCAGAAACCACCACAGUGUCUUCAUGUCCGCCCUCUGAGGAGACUUCAGCUUCAGCAGGCCUUUUGACUGUUGAAAUUGAAACAAAUUCAACUUCAGACACCGUCAACAAAACCUCAGCCUUGUCAACUGAAUUAUCUGCACCUGCCAAGAAAGAUCCAACCACCAUAAAUGAAAUCAAAAAGCUGCCGUCUGCAGCUGCUUCUUUAUUCGCUUCUUCAGCUGCUGUAGAUUCCUCAUUGACUGUCGGAGAGGAGAUAGAAAGUCUCCUGCCUCAAUAUAAAAUCUUGGCUUUGAGCAAGAAGAUCAAAGGGAGACAACUCAUUAACUUAGGCCUGGUUUUAAUAACCAACCUGCCAUCGUAUCACGACGGCUGCUACACAGAGAAGGACGUUGCCAGUCUGUUCUACAAGUUUGGAUUCAUUUACGAGAACGACCACAUAUAUGUUAUCCCUCAGAAAUGCGUGGCAUUUGUGCUCAUGCCGAACCGUGGAAAAGCACGGGAUGUUUGUGUGGCUUCACAAAAGAAACUCUUUACCCUCAAAGGAUCCCAACUGUAUGCAAAGAUCGUCAGGAUAGAGUUUUCCAUGGCACCGUUUGAAUUUUACAAAUCUCUGAUGGAAAUGAUUGAGUUUAAAGUGAGCGAUGACAAAGAGCGCACAAUCUACAUCAGGAACAUCUCGCCCAGCGAAGUCAGGAAUCUCAGGGAGGAGCUGAAGAAAAUCCAAUCUGUGAAAAACGUCUUUCCUCUGCUCAACAAGGUUUUUGUUGAGUUCGAGAAUCCUCGAGAUGCUGAUCGGAUCGGUGUUUGGUACAGCCUCCAGAAACACUCCCCUCCUCACAACAUCUUUAGGAUGAGAGUACCUUGGAGCACCAACGUGGCGAUGGCUCCUCGGCUCGCAGCGAAAGCUUUGCCAGACGCCAAAGAUUUGGUCACCGGGGCGGUAGUCCCAACGACAAACUGUGGGGUUCCCAAAGGCAGCAAGCCACCAUUUUCAGUCACCUUGACGACAUAUCCUUUCGUCUUCCCAACCGUAUCUCCUUGGUUCAUCAUCCCAAAUUUUGUGACAGCCGAGUUGAAGUGUCAGAAUUGGAGAUACUUUAUGGAAACGAAGCACCCCAUGGUCAUGCUGACGGGUUUGCCAAGCGGAAACUACAAACACAAGGACGUGGUGAAGCUGGUGUGGCAGUAUCUCCCCAAACAGAACCUUCAGUGUCUUUACUACAACGUGCUGGUUCUUCCUCUGCAGAGGAGGGCUUUUGUGUUUUUCAAAGACAGGCAGUCGUGCUGCAGCUUUGUGGAAGAUUACCUGAAAAAUCCAGUUCCUGUCGAAGGCCAUGUGCUGGACAUCCACAUCGUCAAACAGGUCGUGGACCCUGGAUCCACUGAG